AUGUUGGCACUACUGACUUGUUUGGUCUUACUUUUGGCCACCGCUUUGGCUCAAGAUGCNCCGUUUUUCAAUACAUCGAGAGGUACUUCCAUCUAUGCAGCGGCAAAAGCAGAUGGCAUUGACUUGACGAUUUUACCUUUCGCGACUGCUGCUCUCGAAUCAAUCGAACAUGCUUAUAUACCGAUCGCCCUACCACCAUUCAGCAACGCGUCGAGGAUUGAUGUACAUGUGCCUACAUGGUAUCAUGCGCUCGUACCUACUACAGGCCAAAGCCCGACGCCGAAUUGGACUCUAGAAGGACAAUUCAACAUGAUGCAAACGGUCAACAUCCGCAAAAGUGUCUUAUCUAUCUCGUCACCUGGGAGCACUGUCUAUGUAGACGAUGAGGCGAAAGCGACCGCGCUGGCGAGACUGUUGAACGAAUAUCUGGCCGCUCUGUCUCGCACUUACCCAUCUCAUUUUGCAUUUUUCGCCGUCACGCCACUGCCUUACGUCGAUGCAGCCAUCAAAGAAGCACGAUAUGCACUCGAACGCCUCGGCGCUGCGGGUGUAGGUCUUCUCUCGAACCACGAAGGCUAUUAUCUCGGAAAUCCUCAGUUUCAGCCUUUCUUCUCUUUCCUCAACAGUUCUACGAACACCUCCGCCAACGAGAUCAUCUUCGUCCAUCCCAACGAACCAUGCAUGAGAGUCCCAGAUGGCAAUGGUAGCUUGAUCAUUGCAAAUCCGACUGUAUAUCCCGAUGGCUUGGUAGAACUCUACUUUGAAACCGCAAGAACGUUCAUGGACCUCACUCUCACCUCCACUCUAUCCACCUUCUCAAAGCUCAACUUCAUCGUGCCUCACGCUGGUGGCAGUUUCCCUUCCAUAAUCAGCAGAAUGCUCUCGCGUCUUUCUCCUGCGGCGUUUACUGCGCAGUUGGAAGUGUUCAAGCAGAGAUUAUGGUGGGAUACUGCUGGUCCGACCUUUCCUUAUCAGGUCAAGGGGUUGUUGGCUUAUGGGAUUGGCACGGACAAGUUGGUGUUGGGUACUGAUUAUUCAUAUGUGCCUGGGGCGCUAGUUCAGGUGUACAAGGGAUUUGCGGAUGAAGUGGGAGAGGUUGACUUCUUGAAUGCGACAGAGAAGGAUGGAGUGUAUCACAGCAAUGCCGAAAAGCUGUUUGGCGCUCGACUGAGGUGA